AUGUCUCAAAUAGAAGUAAAAAAUCCUACAUCAACAGGAGAUACAAAUAUAUUAUUAUUGGGUCAAACAGGUGUUGGAAAAACAACUUUUAUUAAUGCAUUUGCUAAUUAUCUUGUUUAUAAUUCACUUAAUGAAGCUAUGAAUGGAAAAUUACAAGAAGUUAUUCCAGCAUCGUUUACAUUUUUGGAUAAAGAUACAUUUGAAGAAAAAACAAUAACAAUUGGUAUAUCAAAUGAAAGUGAAAAGAAAGGUCGUGUAGGUGAAUCAUGUACAAGAGAAUGUCGAAGUUUUGUAUUUCGAAUUAAUAAUAGAAAAUUACGUUUAAUUGACGCACCAGGUAUUGAUAAUACUGAAGAUGUUUUAAAAGAUGAAAAAAAUUUCGACGAUAUUCUUGCUUAUAUAAAAUUACUUAGACAUUUACAUAUUCAUGCAAAAGAAAAUAUUAUGUUCAUAUUUACAAAUGCUCGAGCGACUAGUUUUCAACCUGGGCCAUCAGCUCCUCAUCUUCGAGAACUUCUUCAAAGUCUUAAAUAUCAAUCAAAUACUGAAGUACUAUUUUCAAAAGAAAAUUCAUUUCUAUUCGAUAAUGAAGCAUUUCGAUUUUUAGCAUUAUGUAAGAAUGGAAUUGAAUUUAAUCUUGAAGAAAAAAAAGAUUAUAGUAGAAGUUGGGAUUAUAGUAUUCGAGAAUUUAGUCGUCUUAUAUGUCGUAUAAUUCAAUGUGAUAAACAUGCUACACGUGAUACACUUUCAUUUAAUGAAGCACAACAAUUAAAUCGAAAACUUGUGAGACCUAUUGGUGAAAUUGUUACACUUAUUCAAGAAAAUCUUCAAUUAGCUGAACAACAAAAAAAAAUGUUAUAUCAAAUAGCACCUGAACAUAUUGGUUCAACAGAAGCAACUGGCUAUGAUGAUGCUGAACGAUCUAAUGUUUGGUCACUUGGAGUAACAAUUGUAAAUCCUUUUAAGUCAAAACCAAAGAAAUAA